GUCGCGCUCGGCGCUCUUCUGCGGCUGCCUGGCUCGCCGGUGCAGCCUUAGGUCGAGCGGAGGAUCGCCGAGUCAUCGCUGUGACGCCGCUUCCCGACCCCCGGGCGGAGCGGAGCCAGUCAAAGAAGUUGCUGGUUCCCUUGUCCCAGCCCAGGACUGGAGGGCUGUUUACAGCAAGUCAGAACCCCAAACAGUCAUCUGAGCUGUGCGGUGCCUCUGUGGAUCACACAGACUGUCCUGAUACUGUGUCUCCUCCUCACCAUUCCUCACAGGGAUGCCUCUGCCACCUCCAGAUCCACGGUUUGUGCUCAGAGGUGCUGGUGCUGCUGUCCACACACUGCACUUCUCCUGUGGAGGCCAAGAACCUGAUGUCCCUGUUCUUUUCUCUGGGUCUGAGAAUGGAUUUAUCCAUAUCUGGAACCUGAAAACACACCGAGUGGACACAGUGCUGGAUGGCCACGGGAGAACAUCUGUCUACUGUGUGGAGACGAUGGGUGGUAGAAACAGGCUCCUCAGUCAGGGUCGUGACCAGAGGAUCUGCCUGUGGGAUUUAGCAGAGGGACGGACAUCAGUGACGGAUUCUGUCUUCACGGAGAAUGUGGGAUUCUGCAGAUGCUCUCUGUUAGAGGUGGCACAGGGACGCUGGCUGAUGGCCAUGGCAGCCAAAGCCCCAGAGGAGGUUCAGGUUUUGGAGCUGCCGUCCAAGACAUCAGUCUGUACCUUGAAGCCAGAGGUGGGUGCCAAGCUGGGCAUGCCCAUGUGUCUGAAGUUCUGGCAGCUCAACUGUGGCUCACAACCUUUACUUCUGGCUGGCUAUGAAGAUGGAUCCGUGGUCCUUUGGAAUUUGUCAAUGGGAAAAGCAUUGAGCCAACUUGUUUGCCACCAGGAGCCAGUCAUGAGCCUUGACUUUGACUCGGAGAAGACCAAGGGGAUCUCAGGCUCAUCUGAAAAGGUGCUCAGCAUCUGGAGCCUCAAUGAGCAACAGAACCUCCAGGUUUACAAAACACACCAGCUCGUUAAUGCUGGCAUAUCUGAUAUCACCAUCCGGCCAGACAAGAAGAUCUUAGCGACAGCAGGGUGGGACCAUCGCAUCAGGAUCUUUGGCUGGAAAAAAAUGACACCCUUAGCAGUGCUGGACUACCACACAGCAACUGUCCAUUGUGUGUCCUUCUCAGAUCACAAAAAUCCCAGUGAGAGACUGCUGGCAGCUGGCUCCAAAGAUCACCGCAUCAGUAUCUGGUCAAUAUAUACCCAGACGUGACACGUUCUGCACUGUCAUGGACUACGAAAACAGGACUGGUGAAGCAAUUCUUUACACUGUAAUUCAAACCUGGAUGUGGGGAAGUAGUAGAGUCUAUUUCCAGGCUGAAGUGAGAGUCCUAGGUAAAUUCUUACGCAGCUUAUUAAAGAUGCAAGUUUUGUUUUCCACAGAGGGAAGUGGAUUUUUAAAUUCCUAACAAGCAGAGCAAGGCCAGUGAAAACAAACACACAGAACAAGUCACUUCGAGCUCUGCUACAGGUUUUGCAGCAGCUUUUCUCUGGCAGGUUCAUUAAAUAUCUUGUACCAGUA